AUGAGCAACACUAAUCAAGAUUCAUACAAGGGGAAGGAGAAAGUGAAUGAAGAAUCAGUAACCGACUCGCAAACUAUGGAGAAUCAGAACAAGCGAAAGGCAAUCGCGCUGGAAGGUGAUACUAUUGCUGAAACAAAGAAUUCAAAGAGUCCUAGAAUCGAUGCUGGUGUCGAUGAAUCGACAAGUUCAUCCAAGGAGUUUACUCCAUUCCUUCUUUUCGGAUUCAUUAUUGAUCCAACUAAGGGAUGUCAAAAAGCUUUUUCCUGCAGUUUUUGCCGCAGAAAAUUUGUUUCUCCACUGGCAUUGAGUGCAAAGCAAAACUGCCAGGAAUGUGAGGAGUCACUAAAAAAAGUUGUUGAAGCUUUGAACAAACCUCGCGAUAACGUCUCUCAUGGCGUACAAGGAAUACAUCUAAGCAAGAUUGUUCCAUACCCUGGUGGAUGCGGAUAUAUAUAUGGUGGAACUGGUGCUGGGGAAUCGCAGGGUCCAUUACAGGAUAAUCCACAGAACGAUCAAAACAUUGUGGUUGAAGAAGUUAUUGGGGGUGUGAUUGACUUGAACAAUGGUUUGGUUUCAGGGGAAGCAUCUAAGAACAUUGAUUUGAACAUCAUGCCUUAA